AUGGAAUAAUAAUGGCUGCCGGGGUCAGUGACCCCCAUUUAAAAACUGAAGAUUUUGAAGGAGGCAAAUAAGUCACAAAGUAUAUUAAAGAUGAACAGGAUUUCCCAAGCGCAACUAUAUGGCUGCAACGGACGGAAAGUCUGUGAGACCAAAAAGCCAGUUACUGGGCAGAUCCCCUGGGAUACACCAAGGCGGGCAGCCUGAGGGGCAGAGAAGCAAUGAGAACCCCCAAUACACAUAUAUAAAUACAUAUAUACACACAAUAUACACAGGCAGAACACGUACAGCCCUCACAGGGAAUAAAGCGAUACCCCCGCACAAGCUGGGCGCUGUUUCCAUAGUAAUUACUUAUUACCGAGGCGACUUAUUUCCCGUCAGUCGUUCCGUUACACACAGCAGCAGCGGUACGGGCAGUAGCCGGGGAGCAGCACAGACUGAAGAGACUGCCGGUCGGAAUCCCCACACCGUCUCAUCCGCAGUUUGGCGCCAUUUCACUUUCUCACACGGCGCGCUGCUGGGGAGACAUGUGACUGCGCGCUUGCGUCACUGGAACGCAACGUCCUACACUUCCAGCUCCCGUGUGGCACGCACGUACGCCGGUUCCGCAGGUUAAUGGGACAGUGAGGAGCUGGGAAAGUGUGAGUGGGGUUAUUGGGUGACAAGGUAUGUCGAGCCCCUUCUUGUGGCGUUUCCUGUCGUUCACGCAGAAGUACCGCGGGGCGCUGCUUGCUGUUUCUUCUGUCGGCCUUUUCGCUGCCAAUGUCUCCUACCAUGUUUCCCCGGAGCAGACCUUCCGGAAACUCUAUCAGGGCUGGUCGAGAGGAGAACCUGCCCAGCUCAGCGCCAAGCUACAGGGCCUGUUUCAGGAAGUCCUUAGAGAGACGCAAACAGAGGCGACUUCGAGUUACGCCCCAUUUUCAGCCUUCGGCUUUCACCCGGUGAGUGCCGGUAUCCCCUGGCUUCCCAGUGGCUGUUUAAUUGGCAUCCCUGCUAAUUAUAACGACACGGAACAGGACGGUGUUGGAAUAGUGGACCGGGUUCUUAUGGUUAAUGGAAAGGAGGUGGAUUGGAGCAGUGAUGUAGGCGCCCAUCUCAGACAGGCCUUAACCUUAUCUGUUUAUGCUCAGAAGUUUUCAUUGGCACGAGAAGUAGUUAAUGCCCAGGGUAACAGCCCUAUCAUAGAAGCCUCUGUGGCCCCUGCCUGCCUUUCGGCUACCUGUAUCUCAAGUGUGGCCAUCAAACAGCUGCUUGGCCUGUAUUCUGGGCCCUUGGUACUGAGGGCGGUGUACAACAUGGCCGCCGUUGCGCUAGGAUUCGCUGCUUAUUUCCUGUGCUCUGACGCAGUCAGCCAGUGGUUGGAUUACCGCUCCGACCGCAGGGCGGCGGCUGUAUCCAAAUCGUACGCCGCGGGAGGGAUAGAGUUUUAUGAGAAGAUACUGGCGCGGAAUCGGAUUCUGCGGACUCUGAUGGGCAAGCAGGGGGAGACCAUGUACUCUCCUAGCGGCAAUUUAUUUCCCAAAUAUUAUAUACGCCUGAAACAUGCCCCAUACACAUCCCGGAGAGAGCGCAUAAAGCUCGCCUUGCUGCAGAUGGAAUGAAGCCUUCGGCAGGGUCGUACUAGGGACCGUAGGGCAAUUAUCUGCUGUAUUAUCAGUCUAUUCAUCUACUGCAACACUCGGAACACAACUCAGGAAAACAACAUGAUUAAUUUGUCAUUUUAUUUGUCUCUUGGACAUUGUGCAAAAGUUAAAGGGAAAAUAUACCCUCUAUUCCCUUUUAUAUUUAAUUCGGCAAAUAUAUAUUUGUAUAAGAUGACACUGAA